CCACUUACGAAUGUGAUCGAUAGCGGGCUGCACGGUUUCUUUUCGCACAUUUAGUUAGUCUGUACUCUAUAUUCUGAAGUCUGUCUAUCAGUUUGAUUUUGUGCUGACCAGAAAACGGUGAGCGAAAAAAAUGGCUUUAUUCAGGAUCAGCACUUCUAAAUUAAUUGAAUUACAGAAAACAUGCCCAACGGCGACUAUCUUACUCCGCAACCUGAGCGCAGAGAACACAAACCUGAAGAGUGUGCUACAAGAGAAAAUCCCUAAGGAACAAGAGAAGAUCAGGGAGUUUCGUAAGAAACAUGGCUCGACAAAAGUUGGUGAAGUUACCGUUGACAUGAUGUACGGUGGUAUGCGCGGCAUUAAAGGUCUCAUAUGCGAGACUUCAGUAUUGGACCCGGAUGAGGGUAUCAGGUUCCGUGGAAUGUCCAUCCCUGAAUGCCAAAAGGCCCUUCCCAAAGCCAAGGGCGGCGAAGAACCGCUGCCUGAAGGUCUUUUCUGGUUAUUAGUGACCGGAGAUGUGCCAACAAAUGCACAAGUUGAAGCGAUCUCCAAAGAAUGGGCGCAGAGGGCUGAACUACCAUCUCACGUCGUUACAAUGCUGAACAACAUGCCCACCAAGUUGCAUCCUAUGUCACAAUUUUCGGCGGCCGUGACAGCGCUCAAUAGCGAGUCCAAGUUCGCACAGGCCUACGCCGAGGGUGUACACAAGUCCAAAUAUUGGGAGUACGUGUAUGAAGAUGCGAUGAAUCUGAUCGCGAAGUUGCCUGUGAUCGCUGCGACGAUCUACCGCAAUGUGUACCGCGACGGCAAGGGCAUCGGCGCCAUUGAUGACAACAAAGACUGGUCGGCUAAUUACUGCACCAUGCUGGGAUUCGACGAUCCGCAGUUCACUGAGCUGAUGCGUCUGUACCUCACGAUACACAGUGACCACGAGGGUGGCAAUGUAUCAGCACACACCGCACAUUUGGUUGGCUCAGCACUCAGCGAUCCUUACUUGUCGUUCGCGGCGUCGCUCAACGGUCUAGCUGGACCACUGCACGGACUUGCCAAUCAAGAGGUCUUGAUCUGGUUGGAGAAGCUCCGCAAGCAAGUGGGUGACAACUUCACAGAGGACAGCCUUAAGGAGUUCAUCUGGAAGACGCUCAAGUCAGGCCAAGUAGUACCCGGUUACGGUCAUGCCGUACUGCGCAAGACUGACCCUAGAUACACCUGUCAGCGCGAGUUCGCUCUCAAGCAUCUGCCAAACGACCCAUUGUUCAAGUUGGUGGCGUCUGUCUAUAAAGUUGUGCCACCAAUCCUAACUGAGCUUGGCAAGGUCAAGAACCCAUGGCCCAAUGUAGACUCGCACUCUGGUGUCCUAUUACAGUACUACGGAUUGAAGGAGAUGAAUUACUACACUGUAAUGUUCGGCGUGUCUCGUGCACUUGGUGUCCUAGCCCAGAUGGUCUGGUCCAGAGCCUUGGGCUUCCCCAUCGAGAGACCCAAAUCACUCAGCACCGAAGCACUGAUUAAACAACUCGGCAUGUAGACUUAAUAAUAAUUGCCCAUAUGGCUUGUAAUGAAUAGGUGAUAUAGAGUAGAAUUGUAUGUCACAAUUACGGAUGACAUGAUAUUGUUAUUUAGCAUUCAAAACAGUCAUCUUUAUCUAAAUAAGAUUAAAAUUUUAUAAGAACAAUUGAAUACAUACACCAAAUAAAUAGGGCUGACUCGAGGUAUACUAACAGAUGUAAAAAAUAAAUAUUUAACACCAUACAAUAAUUAUUAUCAUGUCAUGCUUAGUUGUUGCAUAUCGUGUGGUUGAAGCACAUGAUCUAUAUAAAUUGUACUUGUAGACAGUACAGUAGCAAUCUGUCGCAUUUUGUAGACACUUCCGUUAUGUUCAUUACAAACCUCUAAAAAUAAUGCAAGGUGUCGUCUAUGAUCCCUUACGAAUCAUGGUCUCGUGAACGAAAAUCGGAGUAAGUUUUCUGAAGUUAUAUAGUCACAGAAAUACGUAAUUCUUAUAUAUUAUAAUAGCAUUUUAUGUUUAAUCAUGCUGCUAUGUCGUAACUAUUCAUUACAUUUUUGUUUAUUUAUUAUAUUUACACUUAUUUAAAUUCCUCUAUUGAAAUUUAAAAAGAACAAUUCUUUGAAAUGAAUUGUAUCAAUGGAUUUUGUACUAUAUUUUAUUGUGUAAAUUUGGAAAUAGUUAUACAUGUAUCUGAUUAUUAUUGAAAUCAUGAUAUAUAUACUUAUUAAUGUUAUGUACCCUGUAUUAUUUUACGAUUUGUUUUAUUUUACUUAUCAAGACCACUUCUGAAUUUUAUUGUUCUGUGAUAUAUUCAAAAACACACUUAAUUUAAUUAUACGGUUUUAACUGGCGUGCUCAGUAUUUACUCCUUCAUUAAAGAUAAAGCUAUUUAUUAAUGUUCAACAUCUAAUAGACUAUCGUAAUAAAACCAAUACCUAGUUUAUGUAUCGAGUUACCAAAGUAUUCAUUCACAUAAUUUAUUGUUCAUUUUUGAUUCAGAUGUUUUGGGGUAUCUUUCGUUAUUGUAAUGGUUAGGAGGACAUUAUUGUCAUUUAAAUAUAAGUCUAAUAAAUCAUUCAUGCUAGUAGUGAGAUGUUUAAUUCUUUGUAGUGUUGAUGUCAAGGUGAUUGAUGACAAUAUUUAAUUAAAUGGUAAUUUUAGUCAA